AUGGCAACGGCUGCCCUGCACCCCCACGCACCGGUUCAAUUCGAAAAUAAUCCAAUUUUCGUCCACAAGCAGCCGGAAUUCGAUCAGCAGAACAGUCGCCAUGGCGCAAUCUAUGCAAAGCAGAUGAUUGGCGAUGCUCUCCGCCAGCGCGUAGAGAGUAUCGACCACGAAACCUGCGAGCCCGGAGAUGAAGAUACCUUUUUUGUAGGUGAUCUCGGCGAGGUCUACCGCCAGCAUAUGCGCUGGAAGAAGAACCUACCCCGAGUCAAGCCUUUCUAUGCCGUCAAAUGCAACCCCGACCCCAAGGUCAUUCAGCUCCUGGCUGCCCUUGGCACAGGCUUCGACUGUGCCUCCAAGGCCGAGAUUGAGCAGGUCCUGAACAUUGGCGUCGACCCUACCCGCAUCAUUUACGCACAGCCCUGCAAGACCAACUCGUACGUGCGCUAUGUUGCCAACCAGGGAGUCAAGCAGAUGACUUUCGACAAUGCCGACGAACUCCGCAAGAUUGCCAAGCUCUACCCCGAGGCUGAGCUUUAUUUGCGCAUCUUGACCGAUGACUCCUCCAGCUUGUGCCGUCUUAGCCUCAAGUUUGGCGCGUCCCUUGACGACACCGACAACCUGCUUGCACUCGCCAAGGAACUCGGCCUGAAUGUCGUUGGUGUCAGCUUCCACGUAGGCUCGGGAGCCUCUGACCCUCUUGCCUUCCUCAAGGCCGUUCAGGAUGCCAAGCACGUCUUUGGCCAGGCUGCCAACCAUGGGUACGACCUCAAGACGCUCGAUGUCGGCGGUGGCUUUUCUGGCGAAACCUUCGAGCAGAUGGCCGCCGUCCUUCGUGAUGCCUUGGACGAGUAUUUCCCGCCCAACAUCAGCAUUAUUGCUGAGCCCGGCCGGUAUUACGUGUCCACUGCCUUCACUAUUGCCUGCAACAUCAUCGCCCGCCGUUCCAUCCACAACCCAGUCUCGGGCGAGACCAGCUACAUGGCUUACCUCAAUGACGGUCUGUACGGCAACUUCAGCAGCAUCAUGUUUGACCACCAGCACCCUGAGGCAAAGGUUCUGCGUGUGGCCAAUAACACUCUGUACAACACCCCCUAUGCCCACGCCCUGCCUGAGACCCUCAGUGCCGGCAUCGAAUACUCCUUCUGGGGGCCUACCUGCGAUGGUAUUGACCGCAUCACCGAGAGCAUCCGCUUUGACCAUGAGCUUGAUGUGGGUGAUUGGCUCUAUUUCGAGGACAUGGGCGCUUAUACGAAGUGCUCCGCCACCAAGUUCAACGGGUUCAGCGACAGCCACGACGUCAUCUACGUCUGCAGCGAGCCUGGCGCGGUCGCCAUUCUGGGGCUUUGA